CUGUUGCCUAGCAUUAUCGCACAUGAGUGUGCACAAUACAAUAAAAAUGGAUAUGGAUACAUGUACCAGUAGUACUCAUCAAGAAGAAACAAAGCAAGAAGAUGGAAUUUUGAUAGAGAAAGAUGGGAUAUUUCAGCUGAUGAGUAUGUCUGACAUGCAAGCUGACAGAGAUCAAGUGCCUGCUGAAGGGGGUGGGGCUGGUACAGAGCAACAGAAGGACACCUCCUCUGAAAAUGUAAAUACAGAAUCAACUAAUAAAGAAAUUUCCCCGAGUAUGGAGGAUCUAAAACAACCUGAAAUUGAUAGUAAAAUGGAUGUUAAAUGUGAAAGUACAAUUAAAUUCGAGGAAUCUCAAUCACCCCCUCAGAACACCACCAACACACAAACUACUACUAGUGACUCUAAACAUAAACCCCUAACCAUUAGAACUAAAUCAGCCCCUGAAUUCAGACUAGAGGCUCAGUCCAAAGAAGACGACUCACUGAAAAGAGAGAGAAACGAGGCAGCAUUCAGAGCCUGGUUGACCAAAAAGAACAGAGAACUAAUCGAGCAGAAACAAAAUCAACUAUCCAAAACGAAACUAUCAGAGGAAGAACUGACAGAAAAGCAAAAGAGGAAUGAGGUGGCCUAUCAGGCGUGGCUAGAGUGUAAGAAACAAGAAUAUCUGGAACAGAGGGCUAAGGGGAAUUCUAUACGACCUGUCACCUCUAUCAAGAAAGACGAAGAGGGAAGAAGAAGAGCUGCUUUCGAGAACUGGCUCUCUAGGAAGCAGGAGGAAAAACAGAAGGAGAUUGAUAACCAACAGAGGAUCAGACAACAAGAGGAGGUGGCUGCUAGGAAGGCAGACCCUACCAUUGUAACAGAAGCUUAUAAAAGUUGGCUCCAUCGUAAAAGAGUUCAGGCUAGAGAUGAGGCUCUAAGGAAAGAACUAUAUCGAAAGAAAUACUAUAGACAAUCCAGACUGCUCAAACGAUCAACCACCCAAAGGUUUGAGGGAUUCUAAAUUUGGACUGUGAAUUAACUGAAUUAUUAGUUAUCAUACAUAUACAAUAUCAUGUGCUCAUGUAUAAAUUAACUGCUGCUCAUUAUUGAAAUAUAUACAUCAUUAUUAAGUCAUUCCA